UCUAGCCUGUAUCAGAAAUGUGAGGUGCUUGCUGUGAAGGUUCUUAUUCCAAGAGCACAACACGUGGUUUUGUUAUAGGAUAAGGCAAAUCAGGACAGGUUUGACUAAAAUAUGGAUUCCUUUUUUCGGAGUGAAGAGAUGUGUCUUGUCCAGCUGUUUUUCCAAACUGAGUCAGCUCACAACUGCAUCAAUGAGCUUGGGCAUCUAGGACUGGUGCAAUUUAAAGAUCUAAAUCCUGGAACAGUCGCCUUUCAGCGCCGAUUUGUGAAGGAGGUGAAGAAAUGUGAGGAGAUGGAGAGAAUUCUUCGGUUCUUGGAAAAUGAGGUUGUCAAAUCAAACAUCCCCAUCCCAGCAGACUUUACCAGUGAGACAAUACCUGUUCCACGAGAUGUUCUGGAUUUAGAGUCUAGAUUUGAUAAACUGGAGCAGGAGCUGAAGGAGAUCAACUCAAACCGAGACACCCUCAGGCAGAACUUCACUCAACUAAUGGAGAUCAACCAUCUCCUGCAGAUGACUGAUGACUUUUUUGAGGAGGCUGAGUCCCAGCUCUCCAUCUCUGAGCUUCCUUCUGAAGAGUCGGUGUACUCUUCCAGGGUGACAUGCCGACGCACCAGUUACACCAGCACCAAUGGACCCCUGAAACUUGGGUUUGUUGCAGGAGUCAUCAAGCAUGAACGUUUCCUUGCCUUCGAAAAGAUCCUGUGGCGACUGUUUCAUGGAAACUUUGUCCUCCGUCAUGCUGAAAUCAAGCCCCAUGAGGAGGAGAACAUGGCUGAGGAUCCAGUGAAGAAGGAUGUGUUCGUAGUAUUUGUCCAAGGAGACCAGAUCAGAGGAAAGAUCAGAAAGCUAUGUGAUGGGUUUCAUGCCAGCAUGUAUCCAUGUCCCAACAAUGCGUAUGCAAGAAAGGAAAUGAGAACAAACGUCAACACACGCAUUGAAGACCUUCGAUUGGUCCUGAAGAGGACGGAGGAGUUCCGUGAGACUACCCUGACUGCAGCAGCAGCCAACCUCCAGGAGUGGGCCUCUAAAGUAAAGAAGAUGAUGGCCAUCUAUUACACAUUGAACCUGUGUAACAUAGACAUCACACAGAAGCUGAUUGUUGCUGAGAUUUGGUGUCCAGUGUCUGACUUAAACUCUGUGCACACUGCACUGAUACAUGGAUCAGAGCAGAGCGGCUCCAGUCUUAGCCCCGUCGUGAACAGAAUCCAAACCCAGCAGACACCCCCAACAUUCAACAGGGUUAACUCCUUUACCUCAGGUUUCCAGAGCAUUAUUGAUGCCUAUGGGGUCGGCAACUAUCAGGAAAUAAACCCAGCUCCAUACACCAUGGUGACCUUCCCCUUCCUGUUUGCGGUCAUGUUUGGAGACUGUGGUCACGGUCUCGUCAUGACUCUGCUCGCUUUAUGGUUGAUCCUACACCAAGAACACUUCAGGAAGCUGAAGAACGAGCUGAUUGACAUGCUGGUGGAUGGACGCUACAUUAUAUUCCUGAUGGGCCUCUUCUCCAUAUACACUGGCCUCAUCUACAAUGACUGCUUCUCCAAGUCCUUCAACGUCUUUGGAUCCUCGUGGAGCGUCCGACCCAUGUUCCAUCCACACGGACCGUGGACUAAUGACACGUUGCAUGACUCUGGCCAUCUUCAUCUGGACCCCCUGGUGUCUGGAGUCUACUCUGGCAAUCCCUACCCAUUUGGUGUUGACCCGAUUUGGAAUAUUGCAUCGAAUAAGCUGUCGUUCCUGAACUCUUACAAGAUGAAGAUGUCUGUAAUCAUGGGAGUGGCCCACAUGCUCUUUGGAGUCACUCUGAGUCUGGUGAACUACAUAUUCUUCAGAAACUUAAAGGAUGUUGCGUUGCAGUUCAUUCCAGAGGUGAUUUUCAUGCUGUCUCUGUUUGGAUACCUGAUCUUCCUCAUCCUCUACAAGUGGUGUGUAGUGAUGAAGUCUGAAUCUGCUCCUAGCAUCCUGCUCCUCUUCAUCAACAUGAUGCUCUUUGACUACAGCUCUGAGGGUACUGUGCUUUACAGAACACAGAAACCUGUGCAAAUAUUUCUGGUGGUUGUUGCUGUGCUUAUGGUUCCUUGGCUACUGUUUGCCAAGCCCCUGCUCUUGUAUAGAAAACACAAGCAAUUAAAGCUGAAGCCCACAACAAACAAGCUUCCCAUGCAGGUUUUUGGGAUCUCCAACCAAGAGGCUUCAGAUAACAGGAAAGAGAAAGUCAGUAUGGCUGACAUUUUCGUGUACCAAGGCAUCCACACCAUCGAGUACUGCCUUGGAUGCAUCUCCAACACAGCCUCCUACCUCCGCCUGUGGGCUCUCAGUCUAGCUCAUGCUGAGCUGUCUGAGGUGCUGUGGAAGAUGGUUCUGCAGGUGGCUCUGAGGGUCACCUCGGGGAUGGGUUCUGUUCUGCUGGCAGUGACCUUUGCUGCCUUCGCUGUCCUCACAGUCACCAUUCUCCUGGUCAUGGAGGGUCUCUCUGCCUUCCUCCACGCCCUACGGCUGCACUGGGUUGAAUUCCAAAACAAGUUCUACAAAGGAUCUGGGUACAAGUUCACACCGCUUUCCUUCGACAGGAUGAGAGACAUGCAGUGACUUCAGAUAGAGAAACGCGUUAUUGCUACGAGUCCGUUCUCAUAUUCAUUUACUGUUUAUGUUGAUAUGUCUUUGUGUUAGUCAUUGAUCACAUUAAGAUGUUUUCGGUAUGUAGAUCGUACUCUAUAACUGUCGCCAUGGAAUGAAAAAUCUGUGCAAGCAAGGUGCAGCAUUUGCCACUAGAUGGCAGCACGCAAUUAUUAGUCAGUCAUGGUUCUAAAAGUAGGCUACAUUCGGCAACAGAAGAAUUGUCAAAAGAACACAAUAAAUAUAAGGAGAUUUAGUUGAGCAUCUACUUCCUAAAAUGUCUUAAGAGUUUAAUUAGAUUAAAAAACAAUGAACAAUAUUUAGAUCCAACAAUAGUGUACAAAACAUUAAGGACACGUUUCUAAUAUUGAGUUGCACCCUGCCCCUUUUUCCCUCAGAACAGCCUCAAUUUGUCGGGGCAUGGACAAUACAAGGCUUCAAAAGCGUUCCACAGGGAUGCUGGCCCAUGUUGACUCCACUGCUUCCCACAGUUGUGUCAAGUUGGAUGGAUGUUCUCUGGGUGGCGGACCAUUCUUGAUACACAUGGGGAAACUGUUGAGUGGGAAAAACCCAGCAGCGUUAUAGUUCUUGACACAAACCGGUGAGCCUGGCACUUACUACCAUACGCCAAUUCAAAGGCACUUCAAUAUUUUUUCUUUCCCAUUCACCCUCUGAAUGGCACACACACACAAUCUAUGUCAAUUGUCUCAAGGCUUAAAAAUCCUUCUUUAACCUGUCUCAUCUACACUGAUUGAAGUGGAAUUAACAAGUGAUAUGAAUAAGGGAUCAUAGCUUUCACAUGGAUUUACCUGGUCAGUCUAUAUCAUUGGAAAGAGCAGGUGUCCUUAAUGUUUUGUACACUCAGUUUAUAUCUGUGAAAUGUAUUGGGAUAAAGCAUGGAAAUGUAUUGGGAUAAAGCAUGGAAAUGUAUUGGGAUAAAGCAUGGAAAUGUAUUGGGAUAAAGCAUGGAAAUGUAUUGGGAUAAAGCAUGGAAAUGUAUUGGGAUAAAGCAUGGAAAUGUAUUGGGAUAAAGCAUGGAAAUGUUAUUCUGUUGUGAUUGUCUGUAGGGAUUAUUCUUGUACAUGCUUAGUGCAUUGAAAUUCAAAUCCCAAACCAAUCAGUGUAUCUGUUGCCUUGCAAAAGGUUUCAUAUUCAUUUGAAAGAGUGUAAUAAUACUGUAUGUCUUUGGGUUCAAGGGAAGUUGAACCCUAUCCCUUCAGCUAAAUAAAGACUUUCUUGUAUAAACUAAUUGGUCCUAAUAGGCCAAAGAUUAAAUUAGAGAGAGUGGAUUUAUCUAUAGAUUUGGUGGGUAGAUUAGUUAGUUGUGGGUGUGCUACAUUUGAUCAAUAUCUUGUCCACUUGAAGAAAGAACUGUAUCAUUACCUAAACAUUGACAUUAGAAUGCU